AUGGCCGUCCUCCCGACCCGCACGUGCGACAACGAGCCGACUCCCAUUGGCCCCAUGAAGACCGCAGAGACGCAACUGAUUGAAGCAGUGGCCCUGCAGCCCGUGCCCGACAACGAAGUGGUACCGGUGAAAUCCAAACGCCUCUCGAGCGUCACCGUCGCCAGCAGCGAAGGCGACGAGUCCGGAAGCCGCCAGCGCGACGCGCGCGAGUACGUGCUCCAGUACGUGUCGAGCCAUCCGGAGCUGCUGCCGGCCAAGACCCACUUUCGCCGCGCGACGACGGUCGCCGUGCCCGCUCCAGGGCUCCAGCUGAAGUACGACACGUCCGAGCACACUGGAGACGGCAGUAGCAGUAGCCGUGCGAGCAGUGACAAGGCGAGAGCGAUGCCACACUUGCGGUCCAAGAGCUGGACCGGGGACCCGCGUCGCGACGCGGCACUCGAAGCAAUUGAGCACCGUCAGGUGCGCUUUCGCUUCUCGACGGCUGCGUCGGCGCGCGAAGUCGUGCGGGAAAUGUACUCGCACCGCCUUCGGGAGUUUCCCGCCGCGUGCGUCCUGACGGCGUCGAUGGAGAUGCAAGUGGGCUCGGUCUGGCGCAAGAUGCAGGUGGACGUGGACCACGACGGCGUCAACUGCCAACGGGUGUCGCUGUUCCGGAAGACGACAAAGGUGUUCCAGAUCGCCAAAGACGAUUUGAUUGCUGCGGCGCUUGCGCCGGAGAACGACAAGUGGGUGGUGGUGCACUACAUGCUGCCAGGCAAAGGCAAGGACCACAACCGCCUCUUGCGUCGGUACCGCGUGGUGACAUUGCGCUUUGAGGACGCUGCAAUGGCUGCGAACUUUGUGGCUUCGGUGCAGUUGUUUGUACAGUGGAUGGCGCGCGUGCCGGAGAAAGCGACGCGUCGGAUAAAAGUGGUGGUGAACCCACACUCGGGCAAACGUCGUGGUCGCAAGAUUUGGGAGUACUGGAAACCGCUGCUGGAGCUCGCCGACAUCCAGUGCGACGUGGAAGAGACGCAAUACAGUGGCCAUGCGCGCGACAUUGGGGCUACGUUCGACUUGGAGAUGAAGUACGAGGCCAUUAUCUUUGUCGGCGGCGACGGGACGGUAAACGAGUUCAUGAACGGUGUGUUUACGCGCGAAGAGAGUGUGUGGCGUGCAUUGGUGGCCACGACGCCAGUAUCGCUGAUCUGUGCUGGCACCGACAACGCUUUUGGUAAGGGUGUAGGCACGCCCACGCACGCAUCGUCCGUGUAUUGUAUCAUCAAGCGAAAGAUUCGACCACUGGACGUGAUGGCCGUCGAGGCGAACAAUGAAGACGGCACCACUCGCCUGGGGUUUGCCUGCACGGGUGUGAGCUACGGCAUUGGCUCGGACAUUGCGGUGGAGUCGGAAGCGACGCGAUGGCUUGGCGUAUACCGCUACUUCUACCUCAAGGUCAAGCGCGGCCUGAUUGCGCCGCACAAGCACGAGGCCAAGAUCAGCUACAUUUUGUCGGACAACACACCCGUGCACCCCGAGACGGGCGAGCAGGUCUUGCGCACGUACUACGAGAUCAAGGACGACACGGCCGUGGACCAGCACCACGUGGAGCUCUGUAGUAUCUACGAAGACUCCGACCCGGCGGCCAAGCAGUGGACGGGCGACGCCGAGUCCAUCUUUCGCCCUGCUCGGGAGGAAAAGUACGAUGGUCAGUGGCAGAGCUUUACAGCGGACUUGACGUCUGCUGGUGGGUCGAAUGUCUACUUUGAAACGAAGUACGCGCAUCCGUCGGACGGCAACAUUGACUUGAUCUACUCGCGCAAGGGCAACGUCGCGCAGACAGCGGAGAUCGCAGUGCGCUACUUGACCAACACAUUCCUGACGUCGGAGCUGGUGGGCUACUACAAGGUGAAGGCGAUUGUGAUUGAGCCGAUCACAGAGAAGGUGCUGAACGUGGACGGCGAAGUGUUUGCUGGCGCCGGUGCGUUCCGCGUCGAAGUGGUCCCGCAGCUGCUGUGCGUGCUGUCGGAAAAGUAA